AUGAGCGUGACCGUAUAUGCUGCUGUUUCCGCCACCCUCUCAGCCGUCUACGGCAGCGAGCCCGCCUCAAUCUUGUCGUCCGAGGCAGGAGCACCAGUUUUCUACCCGACAGGCCGCCCUGGCCGCAAGGAUGCAGAAGCCUUCUUGCAGUCGCUCACUCUGAAGGCGAACGCCGCUGCUAACGCGAUGGGUUGUGGCAGCGCCCUCCUCGGGCAGACCAGCGAGACUGACGAAUUUGGAGACCUCGCGUUCUACCUGGGUGACGGCGACUAUGGCAAGAGUCGUAACAGAGCCGAAGUCAUCGAGGCGUUGCAGAUGCAGCCCCGGUUGACUGAGAAAUCUACGAUCGAGAUUGUAGACCUCUUGCCCGAUGUACCCCUUCCUGUUUCUUCGUGCUUGCGACAAAGCAACGAAGCAGAAGAGGCACAAGAACUUGUGCAACUGCUGUCGCUCUUGUCGGACACAUACUGUAUGCGCAUUGCCAACCUCGGCGAUAAUCACAAUCUCGUCGUAUAUCUGCUGGUCGCGCGCGCACCUGCCGCGUUCAACUUCCCAGGGUGGGUUGGCCUGCUUGGCGCGGGGAUUUGGUCUUAG